AUGGCGACCGCCGCCGGCCCCGUCGGCGGGCUGUCGGCGAAGGACGAGAUUAGGGAGGUGGAGAUGGAGAUCAUGAACCCGCCGGAGGAGGCGGCGGAGCGGGCCGGGCUGAAGAGGGCCUGGGGCUCCGCGAGCGCCGGCGCUUCUCAUGGUUUUAUUGGGGUGACUACUGCUGAAAAGAAGCCAACACUCCUGCCUCGUAACAAUGUCAAAUAUCUGAAGAAAACUGGCAGUGGCAAUCUUCUACGUUCGGAUAUGCCAGAUACUAAUGCUUGGAGAUUUAGUAGCUCAUCUCCUGGUGGAGAUCUGGGGAGCAAAACCAGAACCCCUACGAGUACCUUUAAUGCUCAAGGAAAGAAUUGCACUUCUCCUCAUGAAAGAGAGGGUUCUGGUUUUGGUAACCUGUGGAGUCAAGAAGAAAAUGCUGGUUCACUCACAUCAGUUGGUUAUGGGAAACAUAGAGGCUCUGAAGAAGGAUUUGAAGCACAAUGUGUAUCCAACUUGAAUGAUCUGCACAACUAUGGGCGAUAUAGGACCCUCAUUCAUUCUUAUGGCGAAGAUAAUAGGGGGCUGGCUCAUAACUCGCCCAACCUAAAUAUUUCGGAGAGGUCUUGCAGAACUGAUAAUUUAUGGACUACAAAGCCUACCCCUCCUGUAAAUGAGCUGGUGCAGAUCUCAGUUCAAGGGAAAAACCACAAACCUAGUCUCAUGGGACGCCAUAUUAGUUUGCCCUCUGAUAGCUACUUGGAUGGCAGGGGAACCUUGAGUAGAUUGCAUUUAGAUGGAGAAAAUCUGUUGCCGGAUCUGAAUGUGGCCAAAGCAAGCAGCCUAAGUGAUUCUCAUGUCUCUGAUUAUUGGCAUCGACCAUUUGACUCAUCUGUUUCAUUUGACUAUCCCCAGUAUGGUGAGAAGCGAUCUGUUUAUGGUGGACCAACAGAAAAUCUUCCUCACAAACAUCAGAAAGAACAUAGUUCAAGCUUUGCCUCAUACGGCUCAAACAGUAUAACAGGGUUCAGAAGUCCAGGCUACAAUAGCUCUGCUCAUUCCUUGGGUAGCCAACCUUCUCGAGCAAUUACUCACCUAGGAAUGCCGUCCCCUCAUCAGUUAACACCUGGUAUUGAGAAAUUUGGUCUCCAUAAAGAUGUAUAUUUUGACAAGGGCUGUGGUACAUCUAGGCUUGGGUUACGUGCAAGCAGUUCAUGCCAACCUGAGCACCUUUCCCCAAUCAAGGAUGACCCUUGGGUAACUUCAGUGCCUUUUGUACCUCUUGUUGAGUUUCCCAACAGUACAUCACCUUCAAAUAGUCCAUAUGACCCACUUGCUGACAGUAUGGACCCUCCCAAAGUUGAAAGUGGCAAUAUUCUCAAGUCCUCCAACAUAUCCUGCAGCAUUUCAAGUCAGCACACUGCUGGGAAUGGUGUUAUAUAUGGAGAUAUCAACAAAUCAUUGAUUUAUGCUGAUAAGUUGGCAAGGAAUAUGUCGGCAAAAGGGUCAAAUGAGUUUGCAGGCUUGGUUGCACCUGUUAAGGAACGCUCUAGUCUGGAUGUCGAUACUUUGGUGAAAGCUUUUGAAAGAACCAAAGAUGGAGCAAUUGAUGAGAAAACGAGGGAUUAUUUCCGUAUUCAUUUGGCAGAACAUGUGAAGGAGUUGCUGAAACCUAUUUGGAAGGAAGGCAAACUGAGUAAAGAUGCUCAUAAACUGAUAGUAAAAAAAUCUGUUGACAAAGUUCUUGCUUCAGUUGAUCUGCAUCAAGUACCAGCUACUAAAGAAUUGAUAACUGAUUAUAUAACCAUGUCUGGAACAAAGAUUGAAAAGCUUGUGAAGCAUAUGUUGAUAGGCAUGGUACAAGAUGAGAUCCAGACUUCUAAAAGCUGA